AUGUCGUCCAGGGAGGUAUUCCUGGCGGAGAUUCACAGGGGAGACCUAUUGGGCGCCAAACUUGCGUUUGAUUUCCUGCCAGAGAAGCAUUUGAUUUGCUGGAGCUUGCUCCUUGCAGCGUAUGCCAAACGCGGGCAUCUGGAGGAGGCAAAGAUUUUGGUAGAUGGGAUGCCAGAGUGGGAUCUUGUCUCUGCGACGACUAUGGUAAAUAUCUUAUCGGAAAGCGGUCUUGUUAGCGAAUCUAAGAUUUUGUUUGAUGAGAUGGAGCAGCGAAAUGUUGUAUCGUGGACAGCCAUGCUCACAGCAUUUGCGAAGAACGGGCAUUUGUGUCAGGCGAAAGAGAUCUUUGAUACGAUGCCCGAGAGGAACUUGGUGUCUCUCAAUGCGAUGCUAGCGGCGUAUGUCCAGCAAGGAAGAUCUGUCGAGGCCAAAGAGUUUUUUGACUCGAUGCUCAUGAAAGAUUUGGUGUCGGCCAACACGAUGCUCUCGGGGCUCGAUCUAGGUGAUGCGGUGGAGCUAUUUGAAUCCAUGGAGUACAUCGAUAUCGUCUCUUGCAACGCGAUCCUCUCCACUUACACGCGGUGCUCCGCGAUCGAUCAAGCCGAAAAGAUCUUCCAAAGCAUGCCGGUUCACAACGUGAUCUCGGCCACCGCAAUGCUCACGGUAUAUGGUCGAGCAGGAGAGAUGACGAAGUGUCGAGAGAUUUUCGAUGCGAUGCCCGAGCGAAAUCUAGUUUCGUGGAGCUCCAUGGUGGCAGCUUAUGGAUCAAGCUUUGCGGUGGAGGAGGCCAAGCAGAUCUUCGAUAAGAUGCCGCAGCACAGUCUCGAGAGCUCCAACGCACUGCUCGAUGCGUACGCUCAGAAGGGACAUCUCGAGGAGUGCUCGAGAUUCUUUGUGGGAAUGCCCGAGCGCAACGUCGUCUCGUGGACGUCCAUGCUCAUUGCUCACGCUCAAAGCGGCAACUUCGAUUUAUCAUAUUCGAUCUUCCAACGCAUGCCAGAUCGUGACAUCGUCUCGUGGACAUGGAUGAUCGUGGCACUCGCUCGCACCGGGAGCUUUGAUCGAGCCUUGGCCGCUUUUGACGCUCUCAAGGUGGAGAUUCUCCCGGACGAGGCUUGCUUCCUUGCGGUGCUCGCUGUUUGCAGCCAUGCAGGAAAGAUGGAAGCUGGCCAAGUUUGCUUUCGAUCGAUGCGGCAAGACUUUGGUGUGACCAAGAUCACCAAGCAGCUCUAUAGUUGCAUGCUGGAUCUCCUGGGACGAGCUGGAAACUUGAGCUAUGCCGAAGAUCUCAUCGCCAACAUGCCAUUUGAUCCCGACAUUUUGGAUUGGAGAUGCUUUCUCGCUGCUUGCAAGGCUAAUCCCAGCGUUGGCCAUGGACGAACUGCCGCCAAGCGAGUCUUGGAGCUGAAUCCUAGCCAUGCUACAUCAUACGUGGUUGCGGCUAAUCUUUGCGAACGCUAG